AUUUGAGUCAAAACACAAAACCGUAUUUUGCUUCCACACAUCUCCGAUCACCAUACAUGCCACCACCAUAAUCAACCACCGUACAUACAUCCACACCAAAAUGACAAUUCUACCUCUAUCCUCUCUUCUUCUCCUCCUCUUCCUCCUACCCUUUCAUGUAAUUUCACAACCCACCACCACCCAAAAUGACCAAAACACCCUUCUAAACAUCAAACAAUUCUGGUCCAAUCCACCCGCCCUCAACCACUGGAACCAUUCCUCUAACCCAUGCACCUGGCCGGAGAUCACAUGUACGGCCACCACCGUCACCGGAAUCACUAUAAUCAACCAAGACAUCACCGGACCUGUUCCGCCGUUCAUUUGUGACCUUAAAAACUUAACUCAUCUUGAUCUAAACAACAAUUACAUCACCGGAUCAUUUCCUACUGUUCUAUACAACUGCACUAAUCUCCGGUACCUUGAUCUCUCUCAAAACUACUUUGUUGGGCGAAUACCGGACGAUAUAUCGCGGUUAUCACCGGAGAUUCGGUACCUUAGUCUCUCUAGUAAUAACUUCACCGGGGAUAUUCCGGUUAAUAUUUCGAGAUUAUUGAAGCUUUCGUCGCUUCAACUACACGCGAACCUGUUUAACGGCAGCUUCCCGGAGGAGAUCGGUGUUUUGAAGGAUCUUGAAGAGUUAUUAUUGGGUUUUAAUCCCUUUACACCAUCAAGACUUCCUCAGAGUUUCUUUCAGUUGGAAAAGCUUCGAAAAUUUAUCAUGACAGAAGCCAACUUGAUUGGAGAUAUACCAGGAAAUUUAUCCGGAAUGCCGGCAAUGGAGCUGUUAGAUUUGUCAGUUAAUGACAUCACCGGAACAAUACCAAGUGAUCUUUUUUUGUUAAAAAACUUAACAGAAGUUUAUCUUUACGGUAAUAAUCUAAUAGGGGAGAUUCCAGAUUCCAUUGAGGCAACGAACAUGCAAAUUAUUGACCUUUCUGCAAACAAGUUGAUCGGAAAAAUCCCAGACGGUUUUGGGAAUCUCAUGAGUUUGUGGAACUUGAGCCUCAUGAUCAACCAUUUAUCCGGGGAAGUUCCGGCAAGUAUCGCGCGCUUGCCAAACUUGUAUGAUCUUAGAAUUUUCACCAAUAAUUUGUCGGGUCCUCUCUCGCCUGACUUUGGAAGGUACACUGCCCUAAAGAUCUUCGACGUUUCCCAAAACAAUUUCUCCGGAAACUUGCCAGAAAAUCUAUGUUACAGGGGGCAGCUUAAAGGGUUGGAGGUUUUUGAAAACAAUCUUUUCGGCGAGAUACCGAAAUCCCUCGGAAACUGUAGCAGUUUGAAGAGUUUUCAGGUUUACCAGAACCGAUUUUCAGGAUCAAUCCCUGAUGGGUUGUGGAAGGUUUCGAGAUUGGAAAGAAUGAUUAUACAUAGUAAUUUAUUUUCCGGUGAGUUGCCACAGGAGUUGGCACCAAUUUUGUCAUGGCUUGAUAUUCAUAAUAACAAUUUUUCCGGUCAAAUUCCUGCCGGAGUAUCUUCUUGGACAAAUCUUGCGGUUUUCAAGGCCAGUGAUAAUUUACUCAAUGGUAUAAUUCCUCAAGAGUUAACAGCACUUCCGAAUUUAAUAACUUUAUUGCUGGACGGAAACCGGUUCACCGGUGAGUUACCGAAGACUAUGGUCUCCUGGGGUUCACUCAAUACUUUGAACCUAAGUAGAAACCAACUCACUGGUCAGAUUCCGGUGGGUCUCGGAUUAUUAGAUUCUCUCACAGCAUUGGAUUUGUCAAGAAACAAAUUUUCUGGCCAUAUACCGAGCCAACUAGGUAGAUCGUUGGUUUCGCUUGAUCUUUCAACUAAUAACCUCACUGGAACCAUCCCGAGUCGACUCGAUAAUGGGGCAUUUGAUCGAAGUUUCUUGAACAAUCCCGGUCUUUGUUCAAAUAACCCAUUAUUGGGCCUUAGAUCGUGUAGUUCACCAUCCGAAACAAGAUCAUCUAGGAAGAUAUCGGCUAAGUUUGUGGCGAUAAUCGCGAGUAUAGCAGCGGUAUUGUUGCUUCUUGCGUUACUAGUGACUGGAUAUGUCAUUGUUCAAUACCGGAGAAGAAACUCUGACUUGAGAUGGAAAUUCACUUCUUUCCAGAAGUUAGACUUCACAGAAUCAACGAUCUUGCCUCGGUUGAUUGAAAACAAUGUGAUCGGGUAUGGUGGUUCGGGGAAAGUGUAUCGGAUUCCGGUAAAUCGAUCAGGCGAGUUUGUGGCGGUUAAGAAGCUUUCUAUAAAAAACGAUUUGGAUCAAAGGCUGGAGAAAGAGUUUUUAUCAGAAGUUGAGAUUCUAAGUGCGAUUCGCCACUCAAACAUAGUAAAACUAUUGGGUUGCAUUUCAUGCGACAACUCGAAACUCCUCAUAUACGAGUUCUUAGAGAAUAGGAGCUUGGACCGUUGGUUGCACAGCAGGAAAGCUCCAUCGAGUCAUGGGCUUAGUGGUUCAGUGCGUCAUAUGGUUCUUGAUUGGCCUAAAAGGUUGCACAUAGCAUUGGGGGCUGCUAAUGGUUUAUGUUAUAUGCAUCAUGAUUGUGUUCCAGCGGUAAUUCACAGGGAUGUGAAAUCAUGCAAUGUGCUUUUAGAUGGCGAUUUCAAUGCUAAGAUAGCCGAUUUCGGGUUAGCCAGGAUAUUAGCUAAAGAAAGUGAGCUUAACACGAUGUCAACCGUGGCUGGCUCAAUCGGAUACAUGGCUCCAGAAUAUGCUCAGACGGUCAAAGUGAAUGAAAAGAUAGACGUUUACAGCUUUGGAGUGAUCUUGUUAGAAUUAACAACUGGCAAAGUGGCGAGCGAUGGCAAUGAGAAUUCGUCACUAGCCGAAUGGGCUUGGCAACAAGCUAUUAGUGGUGCACCAACUCUAGAUGCUUUAGACAAUGAAGUUAUCGAGCCUAGGUAUAUGAGUGAUAUGACUAAUGUGUUUAAACUCGGGCUCUGGUGUACAAGCAAGCUGCCAACCAAUAGACCCUCCAUGCAAGAGGUAUGCCAGAUGUUGCUACGUUACAGCGUGGCCGCAACGGUGACAACGACUGAGGCAUGGAACAAUGGUGGUGAUGUGCCAGAUCAUUUACCCCUUAUUAAGCUAGAAAACGUAUAAAAGUGUGAUUUAUAAGGUAUAUAACUAGAAUUGAUUAUGUUGUGAAAAAAUAGAGAAUAAACCUUUUUAGUAUAGUGCAUUUUGGUAGGAGAUCAUGGAUCCCUUGGAAUCUUCCCCUAGGAGGAAACGCCGUCCACUUGUAACGAAUUAUCUUCUAUAUAGGUAGUCAAACAUGUCUCUGAAUAUCCUUUGAUAACAUAAUGAAAUAUGGUACACCGAUACUC